AUGUCCUGGCAAGAAUAUGUCGACACCAACCUCGUAGGAAGUGGCAAAGUCUCUCGAGCAGCUAUUAUUGGUCUCGCUGGAAGCGUUUGGGCAUGCACCCCAGGUUUCACACUUUCAGCGGAGGAGCAGAGAGCAAUCGUAAACGGGUUCAGCCAACCAGACGCUGUUCAGACUAGCGGAUUGAGACUUGCAGGACAGAAAUACUUCACGAUUUCAGCAAAUUCUCAGAGUAUAUAUCUCAAACAGAAGGCUGAUGGUGCUGUCUUGGUCAAAACAAAGCAGGCUGUACUGGUUGCUGAAUAUAAAGCCCCCAUUCAAGCGGGCGAAGCGACUCCCGUCGUGGAGCAACUCGGCGAUUAUCUUCGUGGAGUUAACUACUAG